CUGCCUCGGAAGGAAGGCCCAAAGUCCCUAGAUCUCACCUCUACAGCGGUCUUUGCCGCGUCGAUUGUCUGCCAUUUAUCGGCACUGUAGUGGGGAGGGAAAAGGUACCAUUGGCAAAACUCUCGUAUCAUCCUCCUCUUCAUUCUUUCCUGUUUGCUGCUAGGCUUGUUUCUGGUCUGGCUAGUAUGUAAGAAGGAGGAUGGACAUGUUCCCAUGCGCAUCUUAUCCCAGCGAAGUAUCGCGGCUGGAAUGUUGGUUCUCCUUUUGUAUCUCAGGGGCUGGUUUUGUCUUGGAGUACUAUUUACCCAUUUGGUUGCAAGCUAUCAAAGCGCGAUCAGUAAUAUCCUCCGGUGUUGACUUCCUACCUGUCGUAUCUGCUGCGAUCCUGUUCACUCUCGCCUGGGGCUUUCCGGUCAUGAUUGUUGGAUACUAUGACCCUUUUAUGUUCGUUGCAAGUUCACUUCUAAGCCUCGGAAUUGACCUGCUAACCACAUCAUCGCCAACUUCUCCUAUAGGAGCCGUAUCGAGGUUUCAAGUUCCUGCUAGAGUGACUGCAACAAACCAUCCUAGCAGCUCAGACAGUUCUACUAGCCGAAGAUAUCCCCAUUGGAAUUUCAUUUAUGGUUCUCUCGCAAACUUGAGGAGGCGUCAUAUCGUUAUCCGUCUCUGGGACAAGAUUUUCGAGCUCCUUGUCCUCGAGCGUGGCACGGGCUAUCCCCGUAAUGGACCAGUCCAUUGUUUUGAACGCCGGUGCGACCAGCCUGCGCGAGUUGAUUUCACCAGCACUUCUCGCCACAUCCCUAUAUCUGUACAACAGAGCUAUUGUGAAGACAUGGUGUCUCUCGCUAGCACUAACCUGCUUGUCCCUCUAG